AUGCACACCGUGAGCAUUCGAUUCAAGAAAACAAAAAAAAAAAAACAUCGAUUCAAAGAAUCGGUGCACAAUUUUCCGAAAAGCUCGAUUCAAAGUGCACCCUCCGUGAAAGCGCUUAUUCAAGAGGACGGUGCACCCUCCGUGAAACGCUCGAUUCAAGAGGACGGUGCACCCUCCGUGAAACGCUCGAUUCAGAAGCGCUUCGAUUCAAGAGUGCACCCUCCGUGUGCUUCGAUUCAAGGGCGGUGCACCCUCCAUUUAAGCCUUCGAUUCAAGAGGACGGUGCACACUCCGGAAAUUCAAGGGGCCCGGUGCACAUUCCGUCAACGUCGAUUCAAAGAAAAUAUGCACACUCCAUUGAAACGCUUCGAUUCAAGAGGACGGUGCACCUCCGUGAAACGCUUUCGAUUCAAGAGGACGGUGCACCUCCGUGAAACGCGCUUAUUCAAGGACGGUGCACCUCCGUUAAACGCUCGAUUUAAGAGGACGGUGCACCCUCCAAACAAAUCGAUUCAAGAAGGGCGGUGCACACUCCGUGAAACGCUCGAUUCAAGAGGACGGUGCACCCUCCGUGAAACGCUCGAUUCAAGAGGACGGUGCACCCUCCGUGAAACGCUCGAUUCAAGAGGACGGUGCACCCUCCGUGAAACGCUCGAUUCAAAACACUCCAUUGGCCCUUCGAUUCAAGGGAUAGUGGACACUUCAUUAUAUGGCUGUAGAAUCUUCCAAAGUCAAUUGUCAAUGAAGUUACCCAAAAGAAGUUGGGAUAUUAAAAAGUCACGGAAUUUUCAGCCCUAG